AUGACCGAGGUCUCUUCGACCCGCCUUUACCUGGGAAACCUCCCGCGCUCUGCCACAAAGGAGGAUGUCUCAACCCACUUCUCCAGCCAUGGUACCGGCAAGAUCACCGAGAUCAAGCUAAUGAAUGGUUUUGGCUUCAUCGAGUACGAUGACCCCUUGGACGCUCGUGACGUCGUCCCCGACGGUUCGACUUUCAUGGGAGAGCGCCUUACGGUCCAGUUCGCCCGCGGCACCCGCAAUCGAGAAGGAGGCAGCGGUGGUGGUGGUGGUGGUGGUGGUGGCGGCGGCGGUUAUGGCGGCGAGCGCUCUGGACCACGGCCUCGGCGUACCGCGUUCCGCAUGCAAAUCAGCGGGCUCCCCGUUGACACCAGCUGGCAGGACCUGAAAGAUUUUGCUCGGCAAUCCCAGCUCGAUGUGGUCUAUUCCGAGACCGGGCGGAAUAACAAUGGCGAGGGCUUUGUCGAAUUCGAGACUGCCGCGGACCUGGCCUCUGCCGUUGAAGCCUUGGAUGGUAAGGAAUUCAAGGAUAAGAUCGUCCGCUGUGUUGCGAAUCCGGAUCCCCCGCCACGUGAUGGUCGCGGGAGGUCUCGGUCCCCGCUUGGCCGCCGCCCGUACGGCCCCCCUGGUGAUGAAUAUGAUCGUCGCGGCCCGCCUCGCGGAUACAGCCCUCCACGCCGUGAUGGAUAUCGCGAUGGGUAUCGUGAUCGCAGUCCUCCUCGUCGGGAGUACUAUGAUGACCGUGCCCGGUACCGGUCGUCGCCGCGUCAUGGCCGUGGUCCUCCCAUGGAUGACUAUCCCCCGCCUCCCCCACGUGGCCGGUACGAUCAUGACCCGUACCGCCGCGACUACCCCCCUCCUGACCCGUAUGCCAACGGCCGGCCCUACGAUCGACCUCCUCCUCGCGAUUUCCCUCCUAGGGACCCUGGUUAUGCCCGUGAUGGUGGCUAUCCGCGAGAGUACGAUCGCCCAGGACGCUACUGGUAA